AUGGUCGUUGAUUGGCAUCCUCAUCUUCCCAAUCCUAACCGCAUCCUCAUCUUGACCAUCCUUACACCAUCCUCAUCUUCAUCACCUCCAACAUCCUCAUCUUCACCAUCUUCGCAGCAUCCUCAUCUUCACCAUAUCUGCAGCAUUUUCAUCUUCACCAUCCCCGAAGCAUCUUCAUCUUCACAAUCUGAACAGCAUCUGUCCUCAUCUUCACGAUUCUCGCAACAUCCUCAUUUUCACCAUCUCCGCUGCAUCCUCAUCUUCACCGUCCCCGCAGAAUCCUCAUCAUCACCAUCCACGCAGCAUCCUCAUCUCCACCAUCCUCGCAGCAAUCUCAUCUUCACCAUCCCCGCAGCUUCCUCAUCUUCAGCAUCCCCCGCAGCAUCUUUAUCUUCACUAUCACCUGUAGCAUCAUCAUUUUCACCCUCCUUACAGCAUCCUCAUCCUCACCAUCCCCGCCGAAUCCUCAUCUCCGCAGUCUCCCGCAGCAUCCUCAUCUUCAGCAUCACCUGUUGCAUCCUCUUCUUCUCCAUCCCCGCAGCAUCCUCAUCUUCACCAUAUCUGCAGCAUUUUCAUCUUCACCAUCCCCGUAGCAUUCUCAUCUUCACCAUCACCUGCAGAAUCCUCAUCUUCACAAUCUGCACAGCAUCGUCAUUUUCACCAUCCCCUACAACAUCCUCAUCUUCACCAUCCCCUGAAGCAUCCUCAUCUUGA